AUGACUGCUGUCCAUGCAGGCAACAUAAACUUUAAAUGGGACCCCAAAAGUCUAGAGAUCAGGACUCUGGCAGUUGAAAGACUCUUGGAGCCUCUUGUUACACAGGUUACAACCCUGGUAAACACCAACAGUAAGGGGCCUUCUAAUAAGAAGAGAGGUCGUUCUAAGAAAGCCCAUGUUUUGGCUGCAUCUGUUGAACAAGCAACUGAGAAUUUCUUGGAAAAAGGUGAUAAAAUUGCAAAGGAGAGUCAGUUUCUCAAGGAGGAGCUCGUGGCUGCUGUAGAAGAUGUUCGUAAACAAGGUGACUUAAUGAAGAGUGCUGCUGGAGAGUUUGCGGAUGAUCCCUGUUCUUCCGUGAAGCGUGGCAACAUGGUGAGGGCGGCUCGAGCUUUGCUCUCGGCUGUUACCCGGCUGCUGAUUUUGGCUGACAUGGCAGAUGUCUACAAAUUACUUGUUCAGCUGAAAGUUGUGGAAGAUGGUAUCUUAAAACUGAGGAACGCUGGCACUGAACAAGACUUAGGAAUACAGUAUAAAGCACUGAAACCUGAAGUGGAUAAGCUGAACAUUAUGGCAGCCAAAAGACAACAGGAACUGAAAGAUGUGGGCCAUCGUGAUCAGAUGGCUGCAGCUAGAGGAAUUCUGCAGAAAAAUGUUCCCAUCCUCUAUACUGCAUCCCAGGCGUGCCUACAGCACCCUGAUGUCGCAGCCUACAAGGCCAACAGGGACCUGAUAUACAAGCAGCUGCAGCAGGCAGUCACAGGCAUUUCCAACGCUGCCCAGGCCACUGCGUCAGACGAUGCCUCCCAGCACCAGGGAGGUGGUGGAGGAGAAUUGGCUUAUGCUCUUAAUAACUUUGAUAAGCAAAUCAUCGUGGACCCCUUGAGCUUCAGUGAAGAGCGCUUCAGGCCUUCCCUUGAGGAACGUCUGGAAAGCAUCAUUAGUGGAGCUGCCCUGAUGGCUGACUCAUCUUGCACGCGUGAUGAUCGGCGUGAGCGAAUUGUGGCAGAGUGCAACGCAGUCCGCCAGGCCCUGCAGGACCUGCUCUCUGAGUAUAUGGGCAACGCUGGACGUAAAGAAAGAAGUGAUGCGCUCAAUUCUGCAAUAGAUAAAAUGACCAAGAAGACCAGGGAUUUACGUAGACAGCUCCGCAAAGCUGUCAUGGACCACGUUUCAGAUUCUUUCCUGGAAACCAACGUUCCACUUUUAGUAUUGAUCGAAGCUGCAAAGAAUGGAAAUGAAAAAGAAGUUAAGGAGUAUGCCCAAGUUUUCCGUGAACAUGCCAACAAAUUGAUCGAGGUUGCCAACCUAGCCUGCUCCAUCUCAAACAAUGAAGAAGGUGUGAAACUUGUUAGAAUGUCUGCAAGCCAAUUAGAAGCCCUCUGUCCUCAGGUUAUCAAUGCUGCACUGGCAUUAGCGGCAAAACCGCAGAGUAAACUGGCCCAAGAGAAUAUGGAUCUUUUUAAAGAACAGUGGGAAAAACAAGUCCGUGUCCUCACAGAUGCUGUAGAUGACAUUACUUCCAUUGAUGACUUCUUGGCUGUCUCAGAGAAUCACAUUUUGGAAGAUGUGAACAAAUGUGUCAUUGCUCUGCAAGAAAAAGAUGUGGAUGGGCUGGAUCGCACAGCUGGUGCAAUUCGAGGCCGAGCAGCCCGGGUCAUUCACGUGGUCACAUCAGAGAUGGACAACUAUGAGCCAGGGGUCUACACGGAGAAGGUGCUAGAGGCCACCAAGCUGCUUUCCAAUACAGUCAUGCCGCGUUUCACUGAGCAAGUUGAAGCAGCUGUGGAAGCCCUCAGCUCAGACCCUGCCCAGCCCAUGGAUGAGAACGAGUUUAUUGAUGCCUCCCGCCUGGUGUACGAUGGCAUCAGGGACAUCAGGAAAGCAGUGUUGAUGAUAAGGACCCCCGAGGAGUUGGAUGACUCUGACUUUGAGACAGAAGAUUUUGAUGUCAGAAGUAGAACAAGCGUCCAGACAGAAGAUGAUCAGCUGAUAGCUGGCCAAAGUGCCCGGGCGAUCAUGGCUCAGCUUCCCCAGGAGCAGAAAGCAAAGAUUGCGGAACAGGUUGCCAGCUUCCAGGAAGAAAAGAGCAAGCUGGAUGCUGAAGUGUCCAAGUGGGAUGACAGUGGCAAUGACAUCAUUGUGCUGGCCAAGCAGAUGUGCAUGAUUAUGAUGGAGAUGACUGAUUUCACCCGAGGUAAAGGACCACUCAAAAAUACCUCCGAUGUGAUCAGUGCUGCCAAGAAGAUUGCUGAGGCAGGCUCCAGGAUGGAUAAGCUUGGCCGUACCAUCGCAGACCAUUGCCCAGACUCAGCCUGCAAGCAGGACCUGCUGGCCUACCUGCAGCGCAUCGCCCUCUACUGCCACCAGCUCAACAUCUGCAGCAAAGUCAAGGCUGAGGUGCAGAACCUCGGUGGGGAGCUUGUUGUCUCAGGGGUGGAUAGUGCCAUGUCACUGAUCCAGGCAGCCAAGAACCUGAUGAACGCUGUGGUGCAGACGGUGAAGGCAUCCUAUGUAGCCUCCACCAAAUACCAGAAGUCUCAGGGCAUGGCUUCCCUCAACCUCCCUGCUGUGUCAUGGAAGAUGAAAGCACCUGAGAAAAAACCCUUGGUGAAGAGAGAAAAACAGGAUGAGACGCAGACCAAAAUCAAACGGGCAUCUCAGAAGAAGCACGUGAAUCCUGUGCAGGCCCUCAGUGAGUUCAAAGCUAUGGACAGCAUCUAA